AUGUUCAACUUCUGUGGGAUGCUGUUCAACUUCCUGGUCGUGGUCACGACCCCCCUUGUUGCCGCCGCAGUCGCACAGAACGAUUUCGAGAAGAAGAUGGGGGCUGCACCGGAGGUGGCCGUGCAUGCCUUGGCCUAUCUGCGCUGCAGGGCGGUGGCGUGCCCUGCCCUACUCGGCCUGUUUGUGGCUACAGGCAGCUUCCGUGGCUUUCAGGAUACAAAGACUCCCCUGUACUCUGCGGUGCUGUCCAAUGUGGCGAAUUUCCUGAUGGACAUCCUGUUCAUCUUUGGGCUGGGCUGGGGUGUGGCUGGCGCUGCGCUGGCCACGUCUGUGUCACAGUAUGUGGGCGUGGGGGCCAUGCUCUUCCUGCUGCACCGCAAGCGCAUCCUCAAUUUUGCCGACAUGCUCCGCAUCCCCUCCAUUGGCGAUGUCGCUCCCCUGCUCCGGGCCGGGCUUGCAGUGUCUCUACGCAACAUCAGCACGAUGGGCGUGAUUCUGUAUGGCACCACAAUGGUGAGCACCAUGGGCACGGCAACGCUGGCCGCCCAUGAGAUAUCGCGCCAGGUCUUCAUCUUCUCCAUCCAGUUCUUCUCCUGCCUGGACGUCACGGCCCAGAGCCUUGUGGCCUCUCAGCUAGGCAAGAAUAAGCGCAGCACAGCACGGGCGGUGCUACUUCGGAUCUUGCAGAUUGCUCUGGGCCUCAGCUUCACGCUGAUGGCCGCGCUGACCUUGGGGAGGAGUGCCAUUCCCAGGGUGUUCACCAGUGACCUGGAGGUCAUCGCAGUCACCCAGAGAGUGAUGCCUCUCCUGGCAUUCUUCAUGCCCUUUGACGCGGCGGCUGCAGUGAUGGACGGCGGGCUUCUAGGCGCGUCAGAGACAGCGUAUGCCUCGCGCGCGACGCUUGUCGUGGCCGGCUGCGUGUACGGCCUGCUGUCAGUGGUGCCGCGCAUGUACCCCGGCCUCUUUGGCGUAUGGCUGUCCCUCAAGGGGCUCAGCGUCGGCCGCACCCUGGCCGCCAGCUACCGCCUGGCUUCCGCCAGGUCCCCCCUCAGCAAAGAGGUCGCUGGCAGCUCGCAUGCGCAGGCUGUGCCUGAGCGAUCUGCAGCCGGAGCAGCUGCGAGUGGCGCGGCUUUCACGGGGCAGUGUGAUCAGCACUUGCAGCAGGACGCGAGCAGCGGUGCAGGAGUGCAUGGGGAGCUUCUUGCGGCCCAGGAAUACUUGCAGGAUGGGAGCGCAGUUGGCGAUGAGCAGAUCCAUAGCGUGAGCAGCAACAACAUCGUGGCAGGGAAGAUCCCGAGGGAGCAGGGGUCUCUGGAGGUCCCGACAGAAAAGGCGCAGGAUGUUGGAUAG